UACUCGGAAUCCUUGAUCCAGACCUCUGCAAAGAAAUGACCAUCGGGUCCACUGACAUCCCCUUGAAGACGUCCCAUCGCAAUAUGCUUCUCCGUCAUGUGACUCGAUUAGUCAAGCCUGACGUCGACCAUUUCGCCGAUCCCCAACCGGCUCACAGCGUCAUCUUCUGCAUCCCUCAAUCAUGUGGCUUCAAUGACUGCUCCAUCAAUCCGCAUUCCUUUCACUGGCCCUCUGCCUCCGCCCAUUAUCGUCCCCCCGUCCGCUCGCACGGUCUCGGGUGCCAUUGAUGCUCUCCUGACCUUCCUGACAGCCCCUCCGUCACCCUACCUGCGUGGCGUCGAUGUGGGCAGGUAUUCGCAGACCGUGCUCUUAACGGGCGCCGGCAUAUCCGUGGCAUCUGGCUUGGCCGACUACCGAGGUGAGAAUGGCACGUACAUCACGAACAAAACGUAUCGACCCAUCUACUACCACGAAUUUGUCACUCGCCAUGAAUCCCGCAAGCGAUACUGGGCUCGAAGCUUUGUUGGCUGGCCCGGUCUCCUCAAGGCAAAGCCAAACUCGACGCACUGGUCUAUCAGAGAUAUUGGCGCAAAGGGCUAUAUUAGUUCGGUGGUAACACAAAACGUCGAUUCCUUCCAUUCCGUCGCACAUCCCGAGUUACCCACGCUCGAGCUCCACGGCUACUUACGAUCGGUGGUCUGCAUAAAUUGUCGCAACCAGUUUCCGCGCGAUAAGUUUCAGAAACUGCUCGAGGGGCUGAACCCGGCCUGGGCAGAGUUUCUCGCGAAGAUGGUCGACAUUGGCGCUCUGAAUACGGACAACCCUGAGGAACAGCGGCGGAGGGGCCUAAAAAUCAACCCAGAUGGAGAUGUAGAUCUACCCGAGGCUCCAUAUUCCACCUUCCGGUAUCCAGCAUGCCCUACCUGCUUGGAAAAACCGCCUCGAUUGCAGGACGGGACUGCUGCCAGGGUGGAGGUAGAGCGCGAUGGGGCCUGGCUUCCUAGUUCUACUGCAGGGAUGUUGAAACCUGCGGUCAUCAUGUUUGGGGAGAACAUCGAUCCAACCGUAAAGCUGGGGGCAGAAGAAGCCAUCGACGAUGCGGGUCGACUUCUGGUUCUGGGGAGCAGUCUCGCCACAUACUCAGCAUGGCGGCUAGUGGAACGGGCCUAUAAGCGGGGAAUGCCUAUUGGCAUUAUCAACAUCGGAGGGGUUCGAAAUGAGUCGAUACUGUUUGGCCAGGCGAAGCGCGAAAGCAGUGCUGCAAGCCGGCAUAUCCGUUGCAGUCUCCCCUCACAAGACAUCCUAGGCCCGGUGGUAACACAGCUAGAUUCUCUUGUGCAUUGAUUUGCGCGCUGUGUAUUGAUUGCGAGAAACGAUGUGUAUACUAUACUGCAUAGAGGAAAAGCGUCCAUCCGAGCAUAUACAAGCGCCGGAAGUCCAGCUGCUAGGCUACCAUUCAAACCCGGGACUCGGUCGCUAUGCUGAAUGAAUCCUCAUCCGACGUAGAGCUGAGAGAGAUAAUAAUAGACGAGGUAAAUGAUUGGCAAAAG